AUGUCUACCGGGGUUUUAUUCAUCCGCGACUCACGCACCAACGUGAACUAUGAGAUCCCAAUCCACCGCAACGCAAUACGUGCCACCGAUGUACGAAGAAUCCAGGCUUCCUCAGUUGGGAGCGAUCGGGCAGAUCAAGUUGCUCAUGGAUUGCGUAUUUAUGACCCGGGGUUGCAGAAUACCGCCGUCACAGAAUCGGCGAUCAGUUUCUCUGACCAUGAACAGGGCCUGCUUCUGUAUCGCGGCUAUACCCUAGAGCAGCUAUGGGAAGCCGACUUCGAAGAAAUGUUCCAUUUGCUAGUUUGGGGGACUUUUCCAACUACAGCCCAGCGUACAGAGCUGCAGCAGAAGCUGUCGCGACACAUGCAGGAUGUUCCUAAUAUUGUCUACAAGACCAUACUCGGCUUCCCAAAGGAAACAAGCCCACUUCCACUGAUCAUGACUGGACUGUCCGCCUACUUGGCAUGUGUAACAGAUGGCAUUCCAGCCUUCAACGAGGCAUCUAUGUACCAAAGAGACAUCGAAAGAGCCGACCAGAUCAUCCUCAAAACUGUCGCGACCUACGGUGUGAUAUUUGCUAUCGUACGCUGCUACCGACUAGGCUUAACACCUGAAUCGCCCUCUAUGGACCUACCCUACUACGAGAAUAUUUUCAAAAUGGCACGCCUCGUCAAUCCAGCCACGAACCUGGUAGACCCGGGCAAGGUAUCCUGCUUCCGUCGCUUCGGCACUCUCAACGCCGAGCACGGAAUGGCCUUAUCAGUCUUCUCAACACUUGUCACAGCAUCAUCACUGACCGACCCCAUCUCGUGUCUGAUCUCAGCGGUAGCCGCCGCCCAUGGACCAUUACAUUUCGGCGCUACAGAGUCUGCUCAGCGUACCCUUCAUGAAACCGGAGAACCAAAGAAUGUCCCGGCUUUCAUUGAAGAAGUCAAAGCAGGCAAAAAGAAGUUAUUCGGCUAUGGUCAUCGGACCUACAAGGGCAUGGAUCCGCGCGUGGGUCCUAUUCAGAGUAUCCUGAAAGAUCUAACCCACGUGGACCAGCCACUUUUGAAGAUUGCUGAGGCUAUUGAGAAGGCGGCCCAGAAGGAUGAGUAUUUUCUAUCUCGGGGGUUGUAUCCCAAUGCCGACUUUUAUGGGAAUUUCGUGUUCACUGGGAUUGGCUUUGAACCUGAUAUCAUCCCAGCUGCAAUGCUUGUCCAUCGUAUCAUGGGAAUUAUGGCGCAUUGGAGAGAGUACACGGCACCUCUUCACGGGGAAGAGGCCAACGACACGACGCCCUUGUUACAGACCGGACCUACUGAUGAGCCCUCUUCCGUGUUCACACCAAUGCAGAAGCGCCUGAUUAUCUUAACUGCAGCCCUGGCAUCUAGCUUUUCUCCUCUGUCAGCAAACAUUUACUACCCAUCUUUGAACUCACUUGCAAAGGACUUGCAUGUCAGUCCAUCUCAAAUCAGCCUGACAAUCACUUCGUACAUGGGCCUUGCUCCAAUGUUCACAGGCUCACUAGCAGAUCGAGGAGGUCGUCGACCAGUGUACAUCCUAUGUUUCGUGAUCUACAUUCUCGCCAACAUUUCCCUCGCCCUACAACACAACUUCCAGGCCUUGCUGCUCCUUCGUGGAGUUCAAAGCUGCGGUAGUAGUGGGACGGUUGCCCUUGCAUCUGCGGUGGCAGCAGAUAUCAUAACAUCUGCCGAAAGAGGCCUAUACAUGGGAUUCACGUCUCUGGGAAAUAUUCUCGCACCAUCGAUAGGACCAAUCCUUGGGGGUGCCUUGAACAAGUAUCUAGGAUGGCAGGCAAUCUUCUGGUUUCUCGCUAUCGCAUCUGGAGCGUUCUUCGUACCGCUAUUGCUGUUCUUUCCAGAGACAUGCCGGGCGAUUGUGGGCAAUGGGUCAAUCACCGCAGUCGGCUGGAAUAGUUCAAUUUGGUACUACACACGAAUAUCUACCCCAGCCGCCCCUCCCUUUACGUUACCGAGGCGUCGUAGCCAGACGCACAGUCACCGGUCAGCUUUACGCCUGCUCUUUCACAGACCCGCCGGACUAAUAAUUCUGUCGAACGGUGUUGUUUUCGCCAGCUACUAUGCCGUUACGACUAGCAUCCCCGUGCAAUUCGAGAAAAUCUACAAUCUCGAUAGUUUCCACAUUGGCCUUUGCUUCAUCCCCGCAGGUCUGGGCUCUUUGUUCAGUGCAACUGCCAACGGAGUAUUAGUUGACUGGAACUACCGGCGAAUCCGCUGUCGAGCGGGUCUAACGGUACACAAGGACCAGAAACAGGACAUCCUCGGCUUUCCAAUUGAAAAAGCGAGGUUGCAGAUUGGCUUACCAAUGACGAUACUUGCGUCGGUCUCCAUUGUGGCCUACGGGGUGUUGCUACCUGUGGAACCAGCUCUUCACGUUUCCCUGUUGCUUAUCUUUGCAAUUUGCUUUUGUAUAACAGCAGCGUACAGUGUAAUGAACACUCUCAUCGUGGAUCUGUACUACGACAGGCCGGCCACUGUAAUGGCUGCGAAUAACCUUGUUCGAUGUUUUCUUGGCGCUGGUGCUGCGGCAGCUGUCAACCCCUUGAUUCGGGCAAUUGAGACCACAGUGGUUCCCGAAAUCAGCGGCAAGGACCUCGAUUACAACAAAACAUACCUGGCCCUGUUCGUUGACCUCGACGUUAUAAUGCCCAGCACGGGUACAGGAACAGUCGUUUUACACUGGUAUCAAUCAAAUCUCUCCAAAAAGUCCACGAAACAUCAUCCUCCGUCUCAUUUGGUUCCUGACAAGGACUACGAGGAUUUCCCGGACAUUGAAGCUCCCUACAUUCCCCCCCGUGCCCCGCCAAACACACAGCACCGUUACGUCUACUUCCUGUUCGAGCAGCCCCCAGCCUAUUGUUUCCCACAUUGCUUCGCACAGAUAUUCCCACAGACCCCGGAGGCCCGUGCAGGAUUUGAUAUUCCAAAGUUUAUUCAAGCUGCCAAGCUGGAUUCCCCCCUCGCCAUGAAUUAUUUCGUUGGAUGGCACGAACCGACAAGCGGAGACCCUACAUCGGCGAUGCCGAGUGCAACAACAACUUCCUUUCGUUCUGUGAACUGUCCUACAAGCUCUUCUAGCUUCGUGGCAUGA